UAUGAGAAGUACAUGAAAUACUCUCUCUCUGUGCCGAACUGAACUGCUGUCGUACUUCAAUUGCGGCAGUUUCGCUUCACGAAUUAGGGCUUUUCAAAUUUUCAGCGUACAAAAGAAGAAGAAAUCCGAUUUCCCAACUUUCAGCUAAGCACGGAUGAAGUAAUGCCAGAGUCUGAUAUUAGGAAAAUGGGCUGUAUGCAUUUGUUUUAGACGCUAGGUGACAUGAAUAGCUUCUGCAUAUCUUGAGAGUGUAGGUGUACCUUUUUACAGAUUGGAUUUUACAAAUACCACUUCUGGUUGUCUCUUAAGUUUGUUGAAUGGCUCCUAUAGAUGUUGUUAUCAGUUCUGACGAUUCUAGUGAAGAUUCAGAGUUACGAGCAAUAGAUGAAUACAAAGACGAGUCACCUACAGGGGACUCUGCCUCUUCUGAUUUUAGGACUCUUCCAGCAUGGGCGUCAGGUCACAGUCGUCCCUCUGCAAAGAAUCUUUCUCCUAAAAGAACAGCCAUUGCUAAUGGAAGUUCUGUUAAUUUUAAUGGGGUGAAUGCAAGCUCUUCAGUGCAUCCAUCUUAUGGUGAUAGAUUUGGAGCUUCAAGUUCUAGGGCUUCCGCUGAUGAUAGAAAUGAUCAUGACAAGAAUUCAUCCCAACAAACUUUGAAGAGGAUGCUUCCUGGUUCUUUUUAUUCUUCUGGUCCUUUUUCAAGACCCAGUUUAGUAGAGAAUGUUGGCAGCAGUCAGAUUCGUCAAACCCAAGAAAAAUCUUAUCAAUCUGCUUGGUCAACUCCAAAAGAUGCAGGUGCUAUCCAUAUGAAAGACCAUUCCAGCAGGGGCAUUGGUGCUUUGUAUACUGGUGUGAAUGAUCCUCUACAUCAUCCUGGGAUGGGUGAUGAGAGAGCAGCAGGAACUGAUGAGAGGCUGAUUUAUCAAGCUGCUUUACAGGAUUUAAAUCAGCCCAAGGUAGAAGCCACAUUACCUGAUGGUCUUCUAUCAGUUUCUCUGUUAAGGCACCAGAGGAUAGCCUUGGCAUGGAUGCUUCAAAAGGAGACUUCUAGUGUACAUUGUCUGGGUGGAAUUCUUGCUGACGAUCAGGGCCUUGGGAAGACUGUGUCAAUGAUUGCAAUUAUACAGACACAGAGGUCUUCACAGGAGAAAGCUAAAUCUAAAAAUGUGGGAGUUAUGAAAGCUCAAGCCUUGAAUUUGGAUGACGAUGAUGAAAAUACUGGUACUACUUCUCAGGAACCAAAACAGAGUGCUGAACCUGAUGACUUUCAGGUGAUUCCAGAAGCAAGUACUAUGAAGGGAUUUCGUAGAAAGAGGCCAGCUGCAGGCACAUUGGUUGUUUGUCCAGCCAGUGUUCUUCGACAAUGGGCUCGGGAGCUGGAUGAGAAAGUUACAAAUGAAGCAAAACUUAAUGUGCUGAUCUAUCAUGGAGGCAAUAGGCCUAGGGAUCCUGUUGAAUUGGCAAAAUAUGAUGUUGUUAUAACAACAUAUGCUAUCGUGACAAAUGAAGUUCCAAAACAACCGGUGGUUGAAGAUGAUGAUGAUGAGCAAAAGAAUGGUGAAAGAUAUGGACUUUCUUCUCAAUUUUCUAAUUACAAAAAGCAGAAAAACACAUAUGUUAAAAAGAAGGGGAAAAAGGGUAGGAAUGGAAUUGAUACAGAUGAUUUUGAUCCUGGUUGUGGUACACUUGCUAGAGUGAGUUGGUUUAGGGUUAUUUUGGAUGAGGCUCAAACUAUAAAAAAUCAUAGAACACAAGUGGCUAGAGCCUGUUGCAGUCUUAGAGCGAAAAGAAGGUGGUGCUUGUCGGGAACACCUAUACAAAAUUCCAUUGACGAGCUAUUCAGUUACUUCAGAUUUCUAAGAUAUGAUCCUUAUGCUGACUACAAAACAUUUUGUAGUGGUGUCAAGUACCCAAUAGCUAUGAACUCGAUACAAGGUUACAAGAAGCUUCAAGCAAUCUUGAGGGCCAUUAUGUUGCGCCGAACAAAAGGUACAUUGAUUGAGGGCCAGCCAAUUAUUAACUUACCACCAAAAACUAUACAUUUGAAAAAGGUGGCUUUCUCUGCUGAAGAGCGUGAUUUCUAUAACAGGCUAGAAGCUGCAUCGCGCUCACAAUUUAAGGCAUAUGCUGCAGCUGGAACUGUGAGACAAAAUUAUGCAAAUAUUUUGUUGAUGCUUUUACGUCUACGGCAGGCUUGUGAUCACCCACAACUUGUUAAAGGACAAAGUUCUGACUCUGUCAAAAGAACUUCAACGGAGGAGGUGAAGAAACUUCCCAAGGAAACUCUCAAGAGUUUGUUGAAACUUUUGGAGACUUCACCCCUCUGUCAAGUUUGCCGUGAUCCACCCGAAUAUGCUGUUGUCACUUUGUGCAGACAUGUCUUCUGCUAUCAAUGUGUAUCCGAGUAUUUGUCUGGGGAAGAUAAUACUUGUCCUGCCCAUGGAUGCAAAAAACAACUUCAUCCCGAUAUUGUAUUUUCAGAGGCUGUCCUUAAAAGAUGCACUUCAGAUAAUCCGGAUAAUGAUCCUCUGAAUUUGUCUGUAUAUGAUGAUAAAUCUAUAAUGGGGAAAAAGUAUUGUUCUUCCAAAAUCAGGGCUUGUCUUGAAAUUCUUAAUUCAUUUUGUAAAUCAGAAGAUUCAAGCUCAGAUUCUGAUAUCUUGGUCCAAUCAAAUGGGGAAACCUCAUCUAUUGAAAACAAAAACUCAAUUCCACACACAGAAGGUCCAAUUAAAGCUAUUGUUUUCUCCCAGUGGACGGGCAUGUUGGACCUAGUUGAGAGGUCACUAAACCAGUCUGGCAUACCAUAUGAAAGGCUUGAUGGCACAAUGACUCUUGGUGCAAGAGACAGGGCGGUUAAAGAAUUCAACACCAAUCCCAAGGUAACUGUUAUGUUAAUGUCUCUGAAAGCUGGAAACCUUGGUCUAAAUAUGGUGGCAGCUUGUCAUGUUAUCCUUCUGGAUCUCUGGUGGAAUCCAACUACAGAAGAUCAGGCUAUAGAUCGGGCUCACAGAAUAGGACAGACUCGUCCUGUAACUGUGUCCAGAUUAACAAUUCAAGACACUGUUGAAGAUAGGAUUUUAGCUCUCCAGGAAGACAAGAGAACCAUGGUUGCAUCUGCUUUUGGUGAAGAUCAUGCAGGAGGCACUGCAAGUCGCCUCACUGUAGAAGAUCUAAGGUACCUUUUUAGACUUUAAGAAAAAGUUGAUUGUUUUAUUUAGUCUUUGAGGGGAAAAAAACAAACAUUGGUUAGUAGGAGUAGAUGUCUAAGGGUUAAUGAUCCGAGCUAGCCUUACGGCUUGAUGGGCAUUGUUGCAUUUCUGCUGGUACCAUAAAUUUUGCCCCCUUACAAAUGCAGAAAUGUAAAGCAGCCAGCUUUUGCUUGUAUAUAUGUAAGAAAUGUGUAUUAUUUUGAGCAUUAGCGAUGCUGUUAUGUAUGAUAAAAUCUGCCGGUUCAUUGA